AUGUUACUACAUUUCAAUCUUUUAACAGUAUUAGGUGAAAGGAAAGAAAAAAAUCCUCCGUCGUCAUAUUUUUCAUCAACCACAUUUUUUUUUGCGGUUGAUAAUGUUUUUUCAUAUAUUUUGUAUUUUACACUUCGAUACGGUUACCUUUUUACUCUUUCUUUUUUUUUUCUUUCUGUCAUCAUCGUUACCGAGCUUUUCUUCUUUUGCUUAGCCUUUCUUUUUUCUUUUUGCGUAUCUGCAUUGACUUUCUUUCUUUCUGUUUAUUUGUGGUUUAAUUAUUUUUUCUUUGUGUACGUGUCUUUCUUUCUUUCUUUCUUUCUUUCUUUCUUUCUUUCUUUCUUUCUUUCUUUCUUUGGCCUGCACGUGCCUAUCCUGGCUUUCUUUCUUUCUUUCUUUCUUUCUUUCUUUCUUUCUUUCUUUCUUUCUUUCUUUCUUUCUUUCUUUCUUUCUUAA